CAUAAUUAUCAACUCCAUGGCUAUGUCCAAAAUUCAGUAUUCCCAAGGCGUUCUUCCUCUCUAUAACAACCACCGCUCAUUUUCCGAUUCUCAAAGUAGCUCCUCCGAUGCUCGACGUUUAACUCCGACGAAGAUUCCGACGACGAAGACGACGACUAUGGAAGUUUCUUAUAACUCAAAAUUCAACAAUUUUCACUUGCUUCAAUCACCUCCGCUUCAUUCCUGGAAGAAGGGAAGGAAGUUAUCGCUAUCGCUAUCGCCAUCUCUGCAUCCACAAUUGACUGCUAGACAUGGAAACUACUCCUGUUGCUCGUCUUUAAGGCAAUCAGUCUGGAGAAAUACAAAAUUUUACGCCGUCCCAGGCAGUACAACUUUUGGCACAAGUAGACAAGCAUGUGUCUCCUUUCACUCUUUCUCCCAACAAAAGAAGUAUAAUAUUGGUUAUGGAAAUAAAAGCUUUUAUAGACAAUAUAGAUCAUUGAGACACGUUAUUGCUAGGUCCGAACUUGCUAAUACCAGCUCAGCUGGUGCUGCUUAUCCACUGUCAGAACUAGAGUUGAGGUCAAAAGUAAGAGCAAUUUGCUUUUAUGCGGUCACUGCUUUCUCUGCCAUCUUUUUGUUUGUGCUCAUGCUUGUGCAACAUCCUUUUGUACUGUUGUUUGAUCGAUACCGUAGGAAGGCUCACCAUCUUGUUGCCAGGACAUGGGCAACCUUGACCAUUACUCCAUUUUAUAGAGUCGAGUUUGAGGGCUUGGAGAAUCUUCCUUCUCCAGAUACUCCUGCAGUUUAUGUGUCCAACCAUCAGAGCUUUCUGGACAUAUAUACAUUACUUACUCUUGGGAGAGACUUCAAGUUCAUCAGCAAGACUGCAAUUUUCCUAAUUCCUAUUAUUGGAUGGGCCAUGUAUAUGAUGGGUCUGAUUCCAUUAAGGCGCAUGGACAGCAGAAGUCAAUUGGAAUGUCUCAAGCGUUGCAUGGAUUUAGUCAAGAAGGGGGCAUCCGUCUUUUUCUUCCCCGAGGGUACUCGGAGUAAAGAUGGAAAGUUAGGCUCUUUCAAGAAAGGUGCAUUCAGCAUUGCUGCCAAAACCGGAGUGCCUGUUGUUCCAAUUACUAUUAGCGGAACAGGCAGAAUAAUGCCAGCAGGGCUGGAGGGUAGAGUAUAUCCAGGAUCAGUUAAAGUUGUUGUCCACAAGCCUUUAAAAGGUAAUGAUUCAGAUGUGCUGUGUAGCGAAGCCAGGAAUGUGAUAAAGGAUGUGCUCAUUCAUCAAGGCUGAGGGAUCUGUUUGACAUGUACUUUCGUUUAUCUUUUUCACCUAAGCAUCGAAAGUUAGGAUUCAGGGAAUAUGUGCAUACAGAACGAACCUAUCACAUCGUGAACAGUUUCCUUUCAGUCUAAAGGAUAUGAACCUGGUGGAUGAUAUUUGUAUCAAUCAACUGAGAGAUCUAUUCAGAGUUGAAAGGUGAACAUUGGCUUUGUCCUUUUUUGUUGGAAUUGGCGGCAGGCUCUUCUCAAUUGUCAUUUACAUCAGAAGGUUGCCUUUUGUGCCAUUACUCAAUUGUAUAGGGCUUACUAAUAUUGUUCAUCUGAGUUUUUGUUCUGUGUACUGAUGUUGCAAGUGAUUUUUACAAUAUCAAGUUAAAUUGACCUUCAACAACA